GUUGGGAGUGUUUGUCUAACCAUGGCUGGAGGGAGAAUCUACGUGAGAGGACUGUGCAUCACAGUAAACGUCCUGUUGCUGAUCUUUGGUGGAUUUCUCCUAAUUGUAAGCUUGGCUUACAGCUUAAAACAAACCAUUGAGUUGGAGCAGAGAGAUGCAUCUCUGGGUGUGUUGGUGUUCAAUGCGUUUGGACCGCUGACGGUACUGCUCUCCAUAGUGGGAGUGUAUGCAGCCUACAAAGACAGGAAGUGGGUCCUGAUUCUGUAUGCAGGCUGCCUAACUGUUGAGUGGAUUGCUCUCAUAAUAAUUGCGGUUCCUCUGAUCCAUGUUCAACCCAAGAUCUUGGAGGACAGGUUUGAGAAUGUGGUGCCCCUCUACAACGCUGAUGCCAACAUCCAGAGAGAGCUCAAUAAACUGCAGGCCUGGGACCAGUGCUGUGGGCUGCAGGGCUACUCUGACUGGGAGGAUCAGAUACCCGAGUCCUGCCUCUGUGUCCAGCAGACCAACUCCUCAGACAGCCCCUGCCAAGCUGUAGAGAUCUACAUACUGCACAAUGAAACCAGACGAGAGACACAAGAGCUACACGUGCAUACCAAGCCCUGUGGACCCAUCCUGAAAACACACAUGGACUUCCUCAUCCAGGUCAUGAUCGGCCUCAUCUCUGCCUUCGCCACGAUCAUGAUUGCAGCCAUCGUGCUGUCUCUGGUGCUGGGGCUGGAGAAGAUGUGGAGCUCUUCUUCAGGCGAAGCAACGCUAAACGACAGCUCUGAGAGAGUCAAGCACCAGCUCAGCCCACAGGCUCUGCCCUGACCCUCCCAUCCUGACCCUAAACUUGCCUCACUGCGCCUUGGACCUUUAAUCCUUGACCUCAGACCUUGAACCCUAUCCUAUCAGUCUGACCCCACUUUUCCCUGACCUCUGACCCAUGGUUAUGCUAUGACACCAAGACCACAUAUACUCCAGUACACAGCACUACAGAAUACCUCUGGUUUAUUACCCUUCAUUAAGAGAUUUUAAUGUGGCCUGGUAGAGCAUUUUCUGCUGUAGGGGGAACUAUCACCUUCAGAAGUGUGUUGACUCUAAGACUCUUAAUUGUAUCACUAAAAUAGAAUGCAUUCUCCUGUCAGAAGUAACCAACAAUAGCAAUGUGUGCUUAAUGCCUUAGUGCAAUACAUGCAGAGACCAAUAAAAAACUAUUCAGUUGAAAAAUAACUAUUCUAAGACAUGCAUUUGUGUACUGCAUGAGUUACAUAGAUAAAGGCCAAAGCUUAACCAUCGUCAUGGCAGCGUCGCUGUGAUUGGACCUCUUCUUUUUCCAAAAACAAACUGUCAUGAUUCCAUCUACAGUAGCUACGACUGUUUCUAAAACUACUACUUACUAGUAGUAGUUUUAGAAACAGUACUACUUGUAUAGUUAUAAUCUCUACACCGAACAGUUAUCCUAUUAUGGUUAAUAUCUAAUAACUAGUGAUGGGAUCUGCAACUUGUUUCCUUGCAAGAAAUAAACCACUGAACGUUCCUUGAACCCAAUGACUGUGUGCACUUCCUGAUAAAGACAUGUACCCAACCAAAUGACUGAAAGCAGAACUGUCCUGCUUAAAAAAAAACAUGAAUUCAUAUUUGUAAAUGUCUUCCUAAUAAUCUUCUGAAUAUAAGUGCAGACGUGUAUACUCAAAUGUUUUUGUACUUUUAAUUAUAUUUCCUUGCAUUGAUCAUUAAUCUCCUUCAUAUUUUGUCCUGGGCCUUUGUCUCCACUUGGGUAGGGUGAGUAGAUUCCCAACCCACCAGUUGGCAUCAACAUAUCAGACUCCUCCUCCCCUGUCUUCACUUCCCCUUUCCCCAAGAAGCUAAUAAA